AAUUUAUCAUCACGGAUACAAAAUGGCGGUUUUGAUAGAGACGUCUGUGGGAGAUUUGGUUGUAGAUCUGUACACUAAAGAGAGGCCAAAGACAUGUCUUAACUUCUUAAAGCUUUGUAAACUCAAGUAUUAUAAUUACUGUCUUUUUUACAACGUGCAGAGCAACUUUAUAGCUCAAACUGGUGAUCCGACUGCUACAGGUGAAGGUGGGACUAGUUUGUUGGGUGCUCUGAAAGGAGAGGGCUUUAAAUACGUAGAGAGUGAAGCUGUGCCUCGAUUGAAGCAUGCCAAACUGGGGACUGUAUCAAUGGUCACAAAUGAGAAUAACUGUUACACUUCUCAAUUCUUUUUCACACUGAGGGAAAACCUGGAUUACCUGGAUGGUAAGCACUGCGUGUUUGGUGAAGUAGCCGAGGGCAAUGAUGUAUUAGGAAAGUUAAGUCAGUCACCGGUUGAUAAAGAUGGGAGGCCUCUACAAGAUGUUUGUAUACUGCACACUGUGAUACUGGAGGAUCCUUACCCUGAUCCACCUGAUCUUGCUCCCCCUAGUCGCUCGCCUAGCCCUCCGGCCACUCUCACUGAUACUAAUCAUAUUGGGGUAGAUGAAGACAUUGAUGAGUUUGAAGGUAAAAGUGCCGCUGAAAUACAGGAAGCUAUCGCUCUAAAGGAAAGUAAAGCAAAUGCUCAUAUUCUCGAAAUGGUUGGUGACAUACCUGAUGCCGAUGCUAAGCCUCCAGAAAAUGUUUUAUUUGUAUGCAAGCUAAAUCCGGCUACCUCUUCAGAAGAUUUAGAGAUAAUAUUUUCACGAUUUGGCCCAAUUCUGAGUUGUGAAGUGAUUCGAGAUCAAAAGACAGGGGAUUCACUUCAGUAUGCUUUCAUUGAGUUUGAGACUGAAGACGACUGCAUCAAAGCUUAUUUUAAAAUGGAUAAUGUCCUUAUUGAUGACCGCAGGAUACAUGUUGACUUCAGUCAGUCUCUAGCAAAAACAAAGCACAACAAACCGAUUCCAAGCCAACCUUCACCAGUAGAUGACAAAUACGAAAUGGUAUUUGAUGACAAAGAUCUCAUACCUGAAAAAAGAAAAGGAAAGCAAGAUCGAGAUUAUAAGAAUCGAGAAGGAUCUAGUAGUCCAAGGCCAAGAAGAGGGUACCGUGAUACAAGAAAGACCUCAAGGAGUCCUAGGCGAAGAAAAUUUGACUCAAGUCACAGAAAAAAUGAAAAAGAAAGACGAAAGUAUUCCAGGAGUCCUAGAAGAAAGGAACGUGAUCAUGGAAAGGAAAGAGGAAGAUCAUCUUCCAAAAGCCCCAAGAGGACCAAGUCUCAUAGUAGUAGAUCUCAUAAUUACAGGAACCACUGAAUUGUGUCUAUUUUCUUCUUAUUUUGUACAAUCAAGAAUGUAUUGAAAAUUUAAAAGAA